UUGGUCGCGAUAUUAUUAGCCUAACCUUCUCUCGGUGUCCGAAUCCGAAUUAAAAAGAAAAUUCCGUCGUCGCGUCGUCUACGUGAAAAUUAUCGCGGUGAUAUUAAUUGUGAUGUAUGUGGUCGCGAAUUUAAUAAACGAGAAGUAUAUGCGAGAUACGUGUCGGCGUAAUUAAUAGGUGUCAGUUUGAUAAUAAUACGAAUUAUAUCCUAAGAAUGUCUGUGUUACGCGCUGCGUUAUUCACUUGUCAUAAUAAUAGCUCCACGAUUUCGAGGUAUUCCUUGCAGAAAUGUGUUCUGCAAGGAAGGAGCCAAAAUGUAUGGGAAGCAGCAAAGCGUGAAUUCACUAAAGUUACUCGAAGAUGCGCCAGAGAAAAUGUGAAUGAGUCGAAGCUUGCCUCGUGCAUAUUGAAAUUUGGUGGACUUGGGAUAACGACCGCUUGUCUUUUAAAGUCAUGUAAUCAAAUUGUGUUUUGUAAAGAGGCUAGAAGGAUAAGCGACAUAAGUCCAGUCACUCCGAGCGAGCCUGAAUUGACUUUUGAAUGGACAAAAUUUUUUCAAUAUUUAUACCCGCAUAUCUGGUACUUGUUACUGGCACUAUCGAGCGCAUUAAUAGUAGCACUGUUAAACAUACAAAUACCGCAGUGCGUUGGAAGUGUCAUAAAUGUGCUGACUGAAAUAUGUCAGAACAAAAGUGAUUCUGCAAAACACGUCAUUCUGCAGCUCACUCAGCCAGCUUUCGUUUUGGGACGCAUGUACUUUGCGCAAGCAUUUUUUACCUUUAUAUAUAUUUAUACUCUCUCACACGUUGGUGAAAGGGUCGCAGUGAGCCUACGUCAGGAUUUGUUCAAGUCAAUUAUUAUGCAAGACAUAGCGUUUUUUGACAAAACACGCUCUGGUGAAAUAGUAAGUCGAUUGACCAGUGAUAUUCAGGAUUUUAAAAGUUCAUUUAAGACUUGCAUUUCUCAAGGUUUGAGAAGCUUCACGCAAAUUAUCGGUUGUAUCGUCUCUGUAAUAGUGAUAUCACCGCAACUGACCACUCUUGUGGUAUUCAGUUUGCCCCCAAUAAUUUUUGUCGGUACUCUCCUGGGAAGGAGCUUGCGCAAGUUGUCGAUGGAAGCGCAAAGUCAAGUCGCAAAAUCUACUGCCGUGUGCGAAGAAGCCAUACAAAAUAUCCGAACGGUGAGAGCUUUCGCCGCGGAGGAGAAAGAGGCGGAAAUGUUUUACAAGGAGAUCGAACGUUCGUCUGAUUUAUAUGAACGAUUAGGUUUCGGUAUAAGCUUCUUUCAAGCAGGAACGAAUUUGUUGCUCAACGGUAUCUUACUGUCCACGUUAUAUUUUGGUGGGCAGUUACUCUCCACAGGACAAUUGUCCCCGGGAAAUCUCAUGGCAUUUUUAAUGGCUACGCAAACCAUACAGAAGUCCUUAGGCCAGUUGUCGGUGCUCUUCGGGACCUUUGUCAGAGGACAAAGUGCGGGGGCCAGGAUUUUCCAGUAUCUAGAUAUGCCGCCUUCGCCAAUGAUGACCGGUGGUGAUGUAAUCACGGAUAAAUCCCUGGCAGGGAAUAUAGUUUUCAAAAAUGUGACAUUUAGCUAUCCCACUCGACCUAAUUAUGUCAUUUUGGAAAAUUUCAAUUUACACAUUCCCGCUGGAAAAACCGUGGCUAUUGUCGGCACUAGCGGUAACGGUAAAUCAACAGUGGCUGCAUUAUUAGAAAGAUUUUACGACGUCGACGAAGGCUCCAUUACUAUUGACGGUCGAGAUAUCAGAUCUCUUAACUCAAGUUAUCUCAGAGGCAAUGUUUUGGGUUAUAUAAAUCAAGAGCCUACUUUAUUCGCCACCAGUAUCAUGGAAAAUAUUAGGUACGGAAGGCAAGACGCAACAGAUGAAGAGGUCAUUGAGGCAGCUAAGGAAGCAAAUGCGCACGAAUUCAUAACGAAAUUCCCAGACAGCUACGCGACAGAAGUUGGAGAAAGAGGCACGCAGCUCUCUGGUGGACAAAAGCAACGGGUUGCUAUCGCCAGAGCUUUGUUAAAACAACCGUCUAUAUUAAUUCUGGAUGAAGCAACAAGCGCGUUGGACUAUGAAAGUGAGAGAAUCGUUCAAAAAGCAAUUGAAAAUGUUACGAGAGGCAGAACAGUGCUUGUAAUCGCUCAUAGGUUGAGUACCGUUAAAGGAGCUGACGUAAUUGUCGUGUUACAACGUGGUAUCAUUGUGGAGAUGGGCACACAUUCGGAGUUAAUUAAACGGAAAGGGGUAUAUCACACACUCGUUAACGAGCAAGAAAAAGAAAACAUGUAAGAGUAAUAAGACUUAGAAUAUGCAAAUUAUAUUAGUACAAAUGUGAUUAAUGUAAAAAUCGGUAAGAAGGUAUUAUUUAUUAUUAUAUUUCCUCGUUUUGUAAAAUAAUUUUUUCUUUAUAUCUCGUUGGUUGUAUAGAAAAAUGGAUUUAUAUACUAUGUAUAUGUAUUCUAUUCAUGACUACCUCAGGAAUGGGAAUCAAAUUACGAAUCAUAAUAAAUUAUUAUUUUACCUACAUAUAAUA